AUGCAAGCGGCAAGCCCUAUUUAUGAUCGACACAUAAAUACCCCAAGCAAUCACCGAUUCAAUCCCCAAAGUCCAGCAAUUCCCAACGUUAUUCAUUCCCAACGGAGGACCGCAAAUAUGGCCAUCGCCAAAGUCCUCCUCCCCUCGCUAAGCCUCUUCGUCUUCUACGCAAUCUUCUACUACGCAGACAUAAACGGCCUCCGCGCUCUAGGCGAGCAAUACAUCGCAUCCGGGACCCUCCCAGGAACCAAUGAGCCCAUCCGCACAAUCUACACCGGCAUCGAGCCAAUCGACCACCUCCUGACAACUCUAACGGCCUUCUUCUGGCCAACAACAGACGGCAGCCACCCAUCGCUACUCCUCCACUCAAUCGCCUUCUCUGGUACAUUCGGCUCAGCCUGGGUGCUCAUCACCCUCGAAGCAUGGCGAAAGGGUAACGCAUGGACAAUCGCAGCUUUGUAA